AUGCCACCGCGGGCGACAGUUGAAGAAGUCUACGACGAUCCAGAUGAUCUUCCACUACCAAGCAAGGCGCUUCCAAAUACUGGAACGCGUGGUGCGCUGCUCGAGGAGAUCACGAGCGACGACGAUGAAGACAUGGAAAUCCCGCUUCAACCGACGAUCGCACCUCGUGCAGCACCUCCUGUAGCCGCUGGAGCAUCCAGCAGCAGAUUCACCGCGCCUGGUGUGCCUGCUGGGGCUCGAGUUACCACGGACAGGUCGCAGUUCAAGGAUUGGUUGCAAAUCUAUCCGAUCUACAUCGAUGCUAAGCAGCCCUUCAAGUCGGGUUGCCGACGGAUCGCUCGAGAGAAGAGUGUAUGGUGGCCAUUGAGUAUGGAUAUUGCCCAGGCAGCGAGUAUAUUAGGAUUGAAUGUUGUUCACGAGGCGCAAGCCUUUCACCCACGCGAUUGGGCGAACCCGGGUCGCGUAAGGAUAAAUUGGAAGGAGGCUGUGAAACAGAGAGCGCAGAUCAAGACGAAGAAACAGUUGCUUGAGGUUCUUUCUGGUAUUAUCCAACAGAGACGACCAGAACUCGUUCCAAAGAUUAAAACGCAAGAUAUGGCCCAAGGUUCAGAGGCGACUCAGGUUGCAUCCUCAUCCAAGGUUCCGGCACCGUCAAAGCACAAGCAACGAAAAGUGCACACGCCUCGCCCUCCAAAGCCUGCUCCACCCAUCGCUCAGAGGCUCCCGAGCGUCUCACCCGCUGUAAUAUCUGGGGACCUUGUAAACGCCGUCAAGGCCGGUAUGGACGCAAUGAAGCAAACACAGUCAGAAGCGCAGCAGGCUGCAGCCGCUGCCGGUGUAGGAAAAGGGAAGCGAAAAGUCGUUCGCGUCCGUGGUUGA